AAACCUUGCCAAACCCUUCAGAGAAAGUCGAGUCACAGAAGCUAGAAAAAGUCAUUUCUUAUUAUUUAAGACAUUCUUUCUUCCAAUCAGAGACCUGAAAACUUUGUGUAUAGUUUGUAUAUAAAAGUAGUUGUUACAGAUUUGAUGAGAGCAUACAAGUUUUUAUCUCUUGUGAAAGCCAAGAAAGUUCUAAUUAGCAACAAUCAUCAUAGAUUAGAGAAAGAAAGACAGCUCGAGAUUUUGAACAUGAACAGCAAGAUGGCUAUUGUUAGCAAACUCUAUUGUUCAUCUUCUCAGACGGUGUUAGGGGUCAGGAGGAGGCCACAUGUGGUGAAUGGAGGGGGUUUUGUGGUCACUGAUUGCAGUUCCAAGAGGGUUAUUUUCAAAGUUCAUGGCUGUGGAGUUCAUGGUAAACAGGAAGAGCUGAUUCUUAGAGAUGAGGACGAAGAGGCUUUACUUCUCAUGCGUCGAAAGGGAGGCAUGGUUGAGGCCCUCAGCAUUUACAAGAAGUGGAAAGGUUACCGAGUAGACUAUGAAGGAUUACAGAACCUGGUUUUCAGCUUAAAAGAACCCAAUUCCUGUUUGGCCAGGAACAAUAGAAUAAGAAUCUCCAUUGAGCCCAGUAACAAAGGUUGGGACUUUGAGAUCAGGGGAUAUUUCCCUGAUAAGCAUUGUAGCAUUGUUGACACUAAAGGCAAUGUUGUAGCCCAGGUUGGUGUGAGUAAGGAAGUGGAGAAAAUGAUGGAAAUCAAGGAUCUGUAUCAUGUGGUGGUAAAACCAGGGAUAGACCAAGCUUUUGUUGUUGGAGUAAUUGCUGUCCUUGACAACAUUUAUGGCGAAUCCACAUACUGCUAAUUUGCUGAAUCUAAAAUUGUGAAUUGUGUGCUACAUAUGGUUUGCUGUUAUUAAUUACUAUAUAAAACGAAUCAUGGUUUUGUACUCCAAUUAUGAAGUUUGCAGCUAAAUGGGGAUUGAGAAUUAUGAAGGAAUGGGAUAAUGUUCAACUAGUCAAGGAAAUUUCCGUGUACAUAAUGGAAAGGAAGUUUGGCUGGUACUUAGGAUAAUUUGUUGUAUUAUAUGUGUACGUUUUUGUUUCUGUAUGGGAUUUGCAUGAUAUUUGACAAUGAUGGACGUGAAAGGUAUUUAAUUUGAUUA